GCUGGAUUCCCAGGCGAACGGGGCAAAGAUGGCAGGACGGAGGCUGCUGUGGACUCCUUUCCUUAUGGCCGUGUUCCUGGCUGGGAUCCUGGCUGCUCUCCCCGAUCGGAACGUCUCCCCGGUGGCCGGAGCCAUCUUCGUCCAUGAGCUGAAGAGGGAGCAUUUCCAGGGGGCCUUUCCCUCCAUCCGCAAGAACUACAGCGAGAUCCCGUCCGAUACCCCCAUCACCUUCCAUGCCCAGCUGCUGGGACACCCCGACCUGCCCAGGUGGCUGCGGUACACCCAACGCGGGCCGUACCGGACAGGCUAUCUCUAUGGGUCACCCACCAUGAAGGACGUCGGCAGGCAACUCAUCGAGGUGACGGCGUAUAACAGACACACCUACGAGACUGUGCGGCAAAGGGUCAUCUUCACCAUUGUCCCCGCCCCAGACACUCAGAUGCCGUACCAGGCGGAGUUUUUCGUGAAGAACCGAGACGUGGAGGAAGUGCUGCCGGCGGACGCACAGAAGCAGUUCCAGCAAGCCCUGGACAUCAUGCUGGAGCAGAAGGACUGGAGUAUCAUCAACAUCACGUCGGCCUUGGACCGAGGAGGCCGUGUUCCCCUGCCCAUCGAGGGCAGGAAGGAGGGGGUUUACAUCAAGGUGGGCUCCCGCAGGCCUUUCUCUGACUGCCUGCUGGAGACCAAGUCCUUCGACAACCAGUUCCGGUGCAGCUUGGAUCAGCAGCCAGUCAUUCCCUGCUACGACAGCUUCAGCCCUCAAUUCAGAGUCGACUGGUGCAACAUUACCUUGGCCGAUCUCUCCAGCCUCAGCAUCACGGAGCGGGUGCCCGUCUGGGGCGACGGGGUGCUGGAGGAUGGCAGUGAAUACAACCCCCCCACGGACUCCCCGGAGAAGGCAUUCUUGUCUGACUAUCUGCUGACCAUCUUGCUACCUCUGCUGGUGGCCCUCCUGCUCUGCCUCCUCCUGGCCUACAUCAUGUACUGUAGGAGAGAGGGCGUGCACAAAAGGGAUCUGAAGACUUCUGAUGUCCAGAUGGUGCAUCACAACACAAUCCACAGCAAUACGGAGGAGCUGAGGCACAUGGCCAGCAGCCGGGACGUACCCCGCCCUCUCUCCACCCUGCCCAUGUUCAACGUGCGCACAGGCGAGAGGAUCUCCCCACUGCAGGGCCGUCAGGACAGCGCCCACGUCCCGCUCAUCCUGGCCCCAGCAGUAAGACCAACACGGGGCACUCCUGUCUCUUGACUCCAGAGGAUGCGCUGCAACCAGCCAAGGAAUCUUUUGUUGACUGGGGAAGAUGGGGAAAAUCUUGUUUUUCCCCUGUGAGAAAUAGAGGAACAGGUGGGAACUAAAGAGAUCAGUGUGUCCCCGUCCCAAGCAGGAGAGAGGCGGGGAAGUAAUAAAACAGCAGUGAUUGAUUAAA